AUGCAAUCGCCAGAGAUGGACGCGGACAAUCAAUCUCCCGCCCAUGAUGCCUGGUCAGUUCAUGAUUCGCGGAAACGGAAUGAGCUUGAAAGAGUCGACAUCGACUACGUCUUCGGCACCGACUACGACGUCUUUGACCUUGAAUGGAGGGCGGAAUUCGAUUUUUCAGGUUCUCUGUUUUUUGCACGGAACCAACGCCCUUGGACUCCACGUCGUGAUCGCAACAAUGCUUGGUGGUAUUCUCCUCCUCCUCCUCCUCGGCAGUAUUUUGCUUGGCGGUACGCUGCUCUGCGGUAUUCUGCUCACUGGAAACUCCACAAUAUCGAGAGCGAGCUCUGUAAAGGAGAUACCCUGAUCUUUGUCGACUUUCCGCUUGUAUCAGCUGGCGAACCUAAGAAUGAUUGUUUCGGUCAUGAGUGGAGCUCGGUACAAUUCCGCGUAUCCUCCCACAAACUCCUGGCUACCGGAUCGUCCAAGUUUGCUGACAUGCUCGGCGCGAACUACCAAUCCCGCAUCCAGAGAAAACGAAAUCUUCUCAACAAGCUCCCUCAGGGUAUCAGAUUCGUCCUUGACCUCACUCCACCUUCCGAGGGAGAAAAUCUGAUCUCGCAAGUAAGAGAAGUCGCCCUAACACCUGGUAUUAUCGGCUGGUGGACCGCCUCUGAAAAGCACGGCGUGGAUGGCCGUGUCGCUUUUGGCCAUGACGAUGUCUGCACAUGUAUUGAAGAGUUAGUAAACUAUGAUAAGGAGAUCCCCGAGGACUCUUCUGACGAGAACUCUUCUGACGGUGACGCGGACCUCAACCUGGAAGAGGAAGACUACUGGCUUGGCUUGCAUCGUCCAGACAAUCUGUCACUACUUUCACACACCCAGCAUGAAGUGCAACCGUAUCUCCUCCACCAGACAAAGAGGGAAAGGCAAAGCAGCGUCAAACAAACUGCUGGGCCAGUUCCUGCCUACCGGAAAAUCCCUGAUUACUGCCCGGUCCGUCACCGUGUUGGUAUUCUUCGCUUAAUGCUCAUCAUCGAAAACAGACCAGUCAUGGUUGACUCGGCCCCUCUUGCAUGGACUCUGGUAGCUGUAGCAAACAUCUUUGGCUGUGCGGGUGUGGUCCGCGAUGGAUUUAAAGAGUGGCUCGAGAGCUCCAACAAGACUGUCUUUGUCGAGGCCCUGCCGGAAGAGAGUCUGCAACUUGGUUUUACCUUCCGGUUGGACGACGUAGCCCGUUCUGCGUUCCGGAUCCUUGUGAACGAGCUGGCCUUGGAACAAGCAGCAGUCACCGAUAAUCAAGACAUCCAAAAGAUCGCCCCUUACACCGUAUUUGACCGGAAGCGCCACAACCCUGGAGAUCAGUUGAACGAGCUUAUCAGACAUGCCGCAUACGCCAUGUUGCAGCGAGUGUCGCAAAUGUCAGAACGACUUAUGAGCCAGACCAUAUUUGCAGAUCUGCGCAUUCCGGAAUGGGAACUGUUGCAGAGCUUAUUACAGACGUCAAAGGGCCGCCCUGAAGACGCUGCAUUCCGCGAACUCGAGAACGUGGCGCAGCGUUUCCUUGGAACUUUGAAUAUAAGUACAGGCUAUAUCGCUGAUGCAGCACUGGAGAAGCGCUUAAAUAGCGGCCUUCUGACGAGGAUCGACGGCUACAGAGCCGUUUAUGUCGAUACCUUCCGCCCCUUCGAGCUGAUCUACAAGGAAUUCAACAUCGUGCAGAAGUGCAUGUGUUCCUUCGUGUCAGCUACCCUCCUCGAGCGUUUGAGUCGCAUUACAACGUCAUUUUCUCCAAUGUUCACCGAUUUCGAUGCCGAUCUGCGGGAAAAACUUAGCAAGUAUCCCGAUCUGCGCAGGGAGGUUGCCAUCGCCUGUCUCUCGAUACCGGAACAGUUCGGCAUUCACGGGUUCCAAGAUAGCGUUAGGGUGUUCCUAAAGUCCUUCAAACGAGACUUCCACCCACAAGACUUUGACAAACCGACCAAUCGGACCCCGCAGUACAUGCUCCUUGCUCUGACUCAAAACGAAUUCAGAUUCCUUCCCCCCUGGGCCGGCGGCGACAACGACGGCACCGGCGAAGUUUUCGAGACCUCGUUAUUACCUGCGGGUCACAGGCCGGAAGAAGCCUACCUCACGGACUCCAUGGUUCCGUCAGAUACAUCCGGCCUGCCCGAAUGUGAGGGCGGGGCGUCGACACAACCCGGAUCGGAGAGUGGACACAGUGCUAUCAGCUGUGACGUUGUGGAUUCUCAGGAAAUCGUGGCAAGCACCUUGGAACCGAACAGGAUUACUACACCGACAGACGGCCAACUCCUUUCAACCCCUGAAGUCGUGAUUUUGCAUCACGAUACUCCUAGUCAGCUUGAUGUGAAGCCGUCGGAGACGUAUGGAAGUUCCAUUGCUUCAAGCCAACAGGGCUAUCCGAGGAUUGAAACCUCUUCCGCUGCUUCUGGGCUUCUGUUGAGUUCAAAUUUGGCGGUAUUCGGCAGACGAAUACGCGCACUUCUUGCCACAACAGGGCUGAUAGAGCCCAGUAUACAACCCAAUCAUCAGCGGAUUCGUUGGAAGAAUGUGAGCUCCUGCGUCCCGAAUUCCUCGUUCCGUCAUAGCAGAGAGUCUUUACUGAUUAUGCUUAGAGACGAGGGACGUGGCUUUAUGACGACUAUGUAG